AAGAAAACUGAGAAAUAUGGCUGCUUCCCUGUCUGUAAACAAACGCGUUGGACCAACGAAAGCGGUUUAGUCAUUUUUUAGGACGCCAUUAGUUCUCUCUUUCCACAGUACGUCCUAGUCUUGUACUAUAAAAUAAUCUUGUUCAUUUAAGAGAUUUUGGAUUAUUACACUCAAGAGAAGCCGUAGCUUUUUGUAUUUUGCCGCUUUUACUGUGACAAGCUAACAUUAGCUGCUCAAACUGAGAUUAUGGAUGACGAUGAUGUGUCAAUGCAUAGGCUGGAAGGGACUGAGCCAGGUGCUCAAAUUGGAGGUCUGAUAGUAAAGAAGAAGAGUGCUGCUUCAGAGCCUCAUGUUUUUCGGGCACCUACACCACGCACCUCUCUGCUGGGCUUGGACCUGUUGGCUGCACAGAAAAGGAAAGAGCGUGAGCUUCAAGAACAAGAGGAGUCUAAUGGCGAUGAAAGAAACAGAAAGAAGUCAAAGGUUUCCUCCUACAAAGACUGGGAGGAAAAUAAAAGUGACUCUGGAUCUGAUGAGGAGGAUAAUGAUAAGAGUAGUGCCACUAAGAAGGAGAGGAAGUACCGUGUCACAGGCUCUGAGACUCCCUCCAACCCCGGAGGCGUCAGCGAAGAGUUCAGAUGCCGACAUGAGCAGCGGGAGAAAGACAGGCGUGAGCAUGGAGUCUACGCCUCCUCCAAGGAGGACAAGAACAGAGACAGAGAAAGGAGCAGAGAUAAAGGAAGGGAGCGACGGAGUGAGAGAGAUGAUGGAGACAGCAGACACAGUCGGGGCAACAGCAGCAGCCGGUCGGAGCGUUUGGAACGUAGUGAGAGGACUGAGCGUUCGCAGCGAGAUGGCGGGUCCGAACGCAUCAGCAGAGGGAGUAAGAGAGAUGAACCUUCGACACCACAGCAUCGCCCACGAGAUGCCUUUACACCUUCCCGAUCUAACUGGGAUGAAGACGAUAGCGGUUAUGCCAGUUCCAGGCAUUCCCAGUGGGAGUCUCCAUCUCCUGCCCCCUCUCACAGAGAGUCAGAUCGCUCUGAAAGAAGCCAUCGCGUUGGGCGAGACAGUGAGAAGAGGGACAGAUCAAUCAGAGGUCGUUACACUGACGACACGCCUCUGCCCACCCCGUCCUACAAGUACAAUGAGUGGGCCAAUGAUAGAAAGCAUUUAGGCUCCACACCUCGAUUGUCACAAGGAAAAGGCAGAAAAAAUGAGGGAGGAAUAACGUUUGAUAAUGAAGAUGAGAAAGAACAGUGGGAGGAGGACCAAAAGCAAGCUGACAGAGACUGGUACAUGAUGGACGAAGGCUAUGAUGAGUUCCACAACCCUUUCACUUCCACCUCUGAGGAAUAUGUGAAGAAGAGAGAGCAGAUCCUUCAGAAUCAGACUCAGAAAAGAAUAUCAGCACAGAAACGACAGAUCAACGAGGAUAAUGAGCGGUGGGAGACCAACCGUAUGUUGACCAGUGGUGUGGUGCAAAGGCUGGAGGUGGAUGAAGACUUUGAGGAAGACAACGCUGCUAAAGUUCACCUGCUUGUUCACAAUCUGGUUCCUCCUUUCCUGGAUGGAAGAAUAGUCUUCACUAAGCAGCCAGAGCCCAUCGUCCCUGUGAAAGACCCCACCUCUGACAUGGCCAUCAUCUCUCGAAAGGGAAGUCAGCUUGUCCGUAAACAUCGUGAGCAAAAGGAACGCAAGAAGGCACAGCACAAACACUGGGAAUUGGCAGGCACAAAGUUAGGCGAUAUAAUGGGUAUCAAGAAGACGGAGGAGGAAGAACCAGGGAACAAAGUGGUGGGGGAGGAUGGCAAAGUAGACUACAGGGCUGAUCAGAAAUUUGCUGAGCACAUGAAGGAGAAGAGUGAAGCCAGCAGUGACUUUGCUAAGAAAAAGAGCAUUCUGGAGCAGAGACAGUAUUUGCCGAUCUUUGCCGUCAGGCAGCAACUGCUCAAUAUCAUAAGGGACAACAGCAUCGUCAUUGUUGUCGGGGAAACGGGUAGCGGUAAGACCACCCAGCUGACUCAGUAUCUGCAUGAAGAUGGUUACACUCGCUAUGGAAUGGUGGGUUGUACACAGCCCCGAAGAGUGGCAGCCAUGAGUGUGGCCAAGAGAGUCAGCGAGGAGAUUGGCACCAACCUCGGAGAGGAGGUUGGAUACGCAAUCCGUUUUGAGGACUGCACCUCAGAGAAAACGAUGAUAAAGUACAUGACUGAUGGAAUUCUGCUUAGGGAGUCUCUGCGUGAGUCAGACCUGGACCACUACAGUGCCGUAAUAAUGGACGAGGCUCACGAACGCUCCCUCAAUACGGAUGUGCUGUUUGGGCUGCUGCGGGAGGUUGUAUCUCGACGAACUGACUUGAAGCUCAUAGUGACCUCCGCCACUAUGGACUCGGACAAAUUUGCAGCAUUUUUUGGCAAUGUGCCUAUUUUCCAUAUUCCUGGAAGAACCUUUCCAGUCGACAUAUUGUUCAGCAAGACUCCACAGGAGGACUACGUGGAGGCCGCAGUGAAGCAGGCACUCCAGAUCCACCUCAGUGGGAUGGUGGGAGACAUUUUGAUCUUUAUGCCUGGACAGGAAGAUAUUGAGGUAACAUCGGAUCAGAUCGUGGAGCGGUUGGAGGACUUAGAAAACGCUCCUCCUCUGGCUGUGUUGCCCAUUUACUCACAGCUUCCAUCUGAUCUCCAAGCUAAGAUUUUCCAGAAGGCUCCAGAUGGUGUUAGAAAAUGCAUUGUUGCCACAAACAUCGCAGAGACGUCCCUCACCGUGGAUGGGAUCAUGUUCGUUGUGGAUUCAGGGUAUUGCAAGCUUAAGGUUUUCAACCCUCGAAUUGGCAUGGAUGCUCUCCAGGUUUAUCCCAUCAGUCAGGCUAAUGCCAACCAGCGUUCCGGCCGUGCAGGGCGUACAGGACCAGGCCAGUGUUACAGGCUUUACACUCAGAGUGCUUACAAGAAUGAGAUGCUGACCACCACCAUACCAGAGAUCCAGAGAACCAACCUUGCCAAUGUGGUCCUGCUGCUGAAGUCUCUUGGUGUUCAGGACUUGCUCCUCUUCCACUUCAUGGAUCCACCACCUGAGGACAACAUGCUCAACUCCAUGUACCAGCUCUGGAUCCUGGGAGCUCUGGACAACACAGGUGCUCUGACCCCAACAGGGCGUCUGAUGGUGGAGUUUCCACUUGACCCCGCCCUCUCAAAGAUGCUUAUAGUGUCCUGUGACAUGGGGUGCAGUGCAGACAUCCUCAUCAUCGUCUCUAUGUUGUCUGUGCCAGCCAUCUUCUACAGACCUAAGGGUCGUGAGGAGGAAAGCGACCAGGUGAGGGAGAAGUUCUCAGUCCCUGAGAGCGACCACCUCACAUACCUGAAUGUCUACAUGCAGUGGAAGAACAACAAUUAUUCUAGCAUUUGGUGCAAUGAUCACUUCAUCCACACCAAGGCCAUGCGCAAGGUGCGUGAAGUGCGCUCCCAGUUGAAGGAUAUCAUGGUUCAGCAGAAGAUAAACCUCAUUUCCUGUGGCUCAGACUGGGAUAUCAUCAGAAAGUGUAUCUGCGCUGCUUACUUCCACCAGGCAGCCAAGCUCAAGGGAAUUGGUGAAUAUGUGAAUGUGAGGACAGGCAUGCCAUGUCACCUCCAUCCCACCAGCUCCCUGUUUGGUAUGGGCUACACACCUGACUACAUCAUCUACCAUGAGCUCGUAAUGACCACAAAGGAGUACAUGCAGUGUGUUACUGCUGUGGACGGAGAGUGGCUCGCUGAGCUUGGACCCAUGUUUUACAGCAUCAAACAUGCAGGAAAAAGCAGACAGGAGAACCGUCGGCGGGCCAAGGAGGAGCUGAGCAACAUGGAGCAGGAGAUGGUCCUGGCUCAGGAGCAGCUAAGAGCACGUCGAGAAGAGCAGGAGAAGAAGAGCAAUGCCAGCAGUGUGAGGGCAGUGAAAAUCUGCACACCAGGAAGAAAAGAGGAGGCCCCCAUGACACCCAGACGCACCCCAGCCCGCUUUGGACUGUAAAACCCACCUUGGUUUCUUAGAAGACAUUGUCAUCCAAACCUGGAACACAUCGGCACAAUGAAAACAACAAAAACAUUUCACUUAUCAGCUCCCACUGGUCUCCUCCGCAGUUCAUGUGCAGGCCACUAGAGUGAGAACUUGCAUAAGGCUUGUAGAGGUCUCAAACAACGCUGCACUGAACACCUCCCUCCUCCUUCAGCAGCCACUACCAGCCUCAUGAUACAUAUAAAGGAACACAAGACCCACUGGUUUUAUUUUCGUUGACUUUUUGUACAUUCUAUAUUUACAUUUGCCUGCUUGACACAAAGUUAUUUUUCAUUAGGUGGCAAACUAAAACGUAAAAGUUUUUUUUCUUCCCACUUCUGUUGUCUGAGAUCAAAUGAAAAAGACCCAAAAUAAUUCAAUGUUGCUCCUUUGUGUCUCCUUAAUAGUUCUUGUGGGUUGAACAGUGUUCGUCACAGAAGAGCUUCUCCACAGACUGAAGCAUCAUUCUGAUUAUUUGUGGUAUAAGAGUGUACCAACUAUACAGUUGGAUUGCAAUGCACACUACUGUCAUACUGGCUUUGAAAGUUGACCUUUUUGUCCUGGUAUAGCUCCCGUUUCAACAAAGUAGUCCACUCCAGUAUUGCUUCUUAACUUCAUCAUGUGUUUAUCAGUGUUACAGUUUCAUGGAUCCUGUUUAAAAAAAAAAAAACUAUUUACUUUGUCAUCUGUGCCAAAAAGAAGUAGUUUUUAACAGGAUCAUUUUUGAUGGACUCCCUUCUCUGCUCUCUCAAAACUAUUGAGAUUAGAGAUGCACCAGUCAGGCUUUUUUUUUUUUUUUUCCUGGCUGAUGCCAAUUUCCAGUUUGUUUUAGCCCUGACCAACUAGACCCUAAUCCCCCCCCCCCGCCCGCAUGCAGGUUAAUUUAAAAAGGAAAAAACAUGUCCCCAUUUUGCUUAUAUGUAUCUUUAACUGAUUUUUAAUAAUCUAAAAUCAAAAAUGCAUCAAAGUACAUGCUGUUUGUUGAUGUGUUUAUAGAUUGAAAAUGGUCUAAGUUAUUUUGAUGCAUUUCAAGAAUAGGGGAAAAUCUGCUUUUUUUUUUUUUAGUAUUGAGAAAUCUGAUGGUGAAGAACAAACUGACCAAUUGAUUGGUGCAUCUCUACUUGGAAGGUCAAUCAGCUGCAGAUAAACUGUAAACAGUGUCUUUUUUCUUUUUAGCUAACAUUCUUUUAACAUUUGAUGUAAAUGGAAAAAAAAAUAAACAUUACCCAUUUUAUUUUUAAA